CCACGAGACCAGUCUGUCUACGGUGAUGGUCUGCGGCACGCAGUGACAAGUUGAGUCCACUCAAAGAUUCCCAGUCAUGUAGCUUUAGUUUGUACUCGGUCUUCAAACACAUUCAAUGGCGAAGCGAACUACGGCAUCGUGUCGUAAUUAUAUAAUAUAUAUUUUUUAUGGAUCACAUUACAACGUGUUUUGAGCGGUCGUGGUUUUUGGCGCGCGUUCUUUUGACAUACCAUUUUGGCAGAGCGCGCACCACUCUGAAUGUGACACCUUGGAUAGUUGACGGAUUCGGGAAAAUGCCUCAUCGAAGUUUGUCAUCGUUAAGAACUCAAACUUUGCAAUUAAUAUAUUUAAGCUUUUGCAAAAUUAACUUGGAAUGAAUGAAGAAUGCAUAUCGUUUGGGAAAUAUUUUUGAUUUUUCAAGCAUAUUUCAUCUGUACAUCAGCACAGCUAAUUUCACCAAAGAUUCAUGACGGUUGGUGGGCAUACAAAGAUGCUGUCCAAGGGAGCUUUGUUCCAGUACCAUCCUUCUGGGGGCUAGUGAAUUCCGCCUGGAACCUGUGUUCCAUGGGAAAGAGGCAGUCGCCGGUCAACGUCGAGACCAGUCACAUGAUCUUUGACCCCUUCCUCACCCCUCUACGUCUCAACACAGGCGGACGCAGCAAGAUGGGAGGCACCAUGUACAACACAGGGCGCCACGUGUCGCUGCGGCCAGACAAGGCUCACCUGGUGAACAUCUCCGGUGGGCCUCUGGGUUACAGUCACCGGCUGGAGGAGAUCCGCCUGCACUUCGGCAGCGAGGACGGCCAGGGCUCGGAGCACCUGCUCAAUGGACAGUCCUUCCCUGCAGAGGUGCAACUUAUACACUACAACCAGGAACUCUAUGCCAACUACAGUGAGGCAGCCAAGAGCCCCAAUGGCGUAGCAAUUGUGUCCAUAUUCAUAAAGAUAUCCGAGUCUCCAAAUGUAUUCCUGAAUCGCAUGCUGAACAGAGACACCAUCACGAGAAUAACAUACAAACAUGACGCAUUCUUACUCAUGGGGCUCAACAUAGCAGAUCUAUAUCCAGACACUAUACGUUUUAUAACAUACGAGGGCUCCAUGACUAUCCCACCCUGCUUCGAGACAGCCACCUGGAUCCUCAUGAACAAACCUGUGUACGUCACACAGAUGCAGAUGCAUUCUCUGCGACUGCUAAGUCAGAAUGAGCCAUAUAAGAUAUUCCUCAGUAUGAGUGACAACACGCGGCCCGCCCAGCCUCUCCUACAGCGCUGUAUCCGCACCAACAUCAACUUCAGCAAGCAGGGCCGAGACUGCCCCAACAACCGUGCCCUGAGGCCCCAGUAUCGAGUAAACCAGUGGCUUCUGAAGUAGGAAAAAGAUGAACAUGCUGUACAAUACAACAGGAUAAAAACUAAAUAUGGGAUCCUGAUUCUCAAGACUUUAUUUGAAUGUGGAAAUACUACAUUAUCAGCAGAGGCUGUUUUUUGAAUAUGUUUGAGAUUGCAAAGUAAGACAAGUAAAGAUUGAAAAGUGUAACUUUUAAGGCUGCACAAAUGUAAUUAUUUUACAGAGCUUAUGGAAAUGGGCUGUAUAGAAAUUCAGCAGGCUCCGCCAUUUACUGACCUCUGCAGUGGAGACAAUGAGGACCUCUUUUAUGACAUCAUCACCAACAUCAGAUUCACUUGAGUACCCAAAGAUCCCAAAGGACCAACACUUCUUGAAAUUAGCUAAAUGUAAUCACAGAUACAACCAUCAGAUCUAACAACAAGCUAAGAAUCUGAAUAUGAUAAGAGGGUGCUUCUGGUGAUGAAAGCUUCUACAUAAACAUGUCACAAGCAAAAGGUGUACUGAAUAAAUGUCACAAAUGCAGAAACUUUUCCUGACCAUGUGACCUAACCAGGAAAAACUCUGUAUCCCAGUAAAACACCAGGGCACGAGAUAUUCCUGUUUAGGCCACAUAGUCAGGAAACACUCCUAGCCAUAGACUUGGUAGAUCCAGUAUUUUAUACUGUAUUUGCUAAACUUUUCAAGCCAUUUUGGGCCAUUUGCCCUUUCUCUGUUUAAUUGUUUACAAUUUCAUUCACUCUGUUUAUUUCAAUGAUAGCAGCCCAAUUAACAUGUUUCAGAGAAUUAUCUAAGAUAAAAUAUCACUUUACAUAAGGCCUAUAUAGUAUAUGCUGUUUAAGAAUUGUAUAUUGUCUAGCACUGAAUAGAGCAUGGGACGUGAUUUGUCUGCAAAUUCUUUAAGCAGUCACAAGGCAUUCCUUAUCAAUUAUUUAUCCUCAUUUUCAAUUCAGAGCUGUGUAUGGCGUUACAGGCAAUGUGGGUUUGUGUGUGUGCGCGCAUGUGUACAUGACUGUAUGUGUGUGUGUGUGUGUGUGUGCGCUCUCUCCUGGGAAUUGUAUUUCUCAUUAAACAGGGUAAAUCUCCUCGUUUUGUGGCAACGAAACAAAUACAAUUGUAUUUGUCACAUGCGUCAAAUACAACAACAGGUCCACAGUGAUGCUUACUAACAAUCUCUUUCCCACCGAUGCAGAGUAAAACAAGAAGAUAAAGACACAAGAGAAAUAACACACAAUAAUGAAGCUAAAUACAGGAAGCACCAAUAUACCAUAUCAAUGUGCAGGGGUACGAGGUAGUUGAGGUAAGUAUAUACAGUGCCUUCAGAAAAUAUUCACACCCGUUGACAAAGUAAGAUUUAUAUGAAUUGAAUUGUAAUUUUUUGGAAACGAUCUAAACAAAAUAGUCUAAUGUCAAAAUGGAAGAAAAAUUUUCAUUUUUAUUUUUAAUUAAAUGGAAGAUAAAACACAAAGUAUUCAACCCCUUGAGUCAAUACAUGUUAGAAUCACCUUUGGCAGCAAUUACAGAUGUGAGUCUUUCUGGGUAACUCUAAGAGCUUUGCACACCUGGAUUGUACAAUAUUUGCCCUUUAUUCUUUUUACAAUUCUUCAAGCUCUGGUUAUUGGUCUUUGCUAGACAGCCAUUUUCAAGUCUUGCCAUAGAUUUUUUUGCCAAUUUAAGUCAACUUUAACUAGGACACUCAUGAACAUUCAAUGUCGUCUUGGUAAGCAACUCCAGUGUAUAACUGGCCUAGUGUUUAGGUUAUUGUGCGGCUGAAAGGUGAAUAUGUCUCCCAGUGUCUGUUGGAAAGCUUAGCUCUAUUCCUUUAUUUAUUUAUUAACUCCUUAGUCCUUGCCAAUGACAACCAUACCCUCAACAUGAUGCAGCCAACUUCAUGCUUGAAAAUACGAAGAUUGUUAGUCAGUGAUGCUUUGUAUUCAGGACAAAAAGUUAAUUUCUUUGCCACAUUUUUUUGCAUUAUUACUUUAUUGCAAACAGGAUGCAUGUUUUGGAAUAUGUGUAUUCUGUACAGGCUUCCUUCUUUUCACUCUGUAAUUUAGGGUAGCAUUGAGGAGUAACUACAAUAUUGUUGAUACAUCCUCAGUUUUCCCCUAUCACAGCCAUUAAACUCUGUUUUAAAAUCCCCAUUGGCCUCAUGGUGAAUUCCCUGAGCGGUUUCCUUCCUCUCCGGAAACUGAGUUGGGAAGUACGCCAGUAUCUUUGUAGUGACUGGGUGUAUUAAUACACUAUCAAAAUUGUAAUUAAUAACUUCACCAUGCUCAAAGGGAUAUUCAAUGUGUGCUUUUUUAUUUUUUACCCAUUUACCAAUAGGCGCCCUUCUUUGUGAGGUAUUGGCAAAUACCUUUGUGGUUAAAUCUGUGCUUGAAAUUCACUGCUUGACUGGGGGACCCAGAUAAUUGUAUGUGUGGGUUACAGAGAUGAAGUAGUCAUUUAAAAAAUCAUGUUAAACACUAUUAUAGCACACCGAGUCCAUGCGACUUAUUAUGUGACUUGUUCAGCACAUUUGUACUCCUGAACUUAUUUAGGCUAGCCAUAACAAAGGGGUUGAAUAUUGAAGCGACUUCAGCUUUUCAUUUUUUCUUAAUUUGUAAAAAUGUAUAAAAACAUAAUUCCACUUUGACAUUAUGGGGUGUUGUGUGUAUAUCAGUAGGUGUGAAUAAUUUCUGAAUGCACUGUACAUGUAGGCUGGGUUAAAGUCACUAGGCAUCAGGAUAGAUAAUAAUAAGAGUAAAAAAAACUAAGUAGCAGCAGCGUAUAUGAUGAGUGUACACUCUUAGAAAAAAGGGUUACAAAGGGGUUAUUUGUGGAGGGAUAGGGUUCUACGAAGAACCGUUCUGAUCUAAAGAACCCUAUUUGGAAGACAAUGGUUAUUUUGUAAGGCAAAGGGUUCUACCUAGAACCUUUAACAUCCUAAGAACCGUUUUGGGAAGAAAGGGUUAUUUGAUGAUUCUUUAAAAGACAAGAAGGAUUCUUUGGAAGGCAAGAAGGGUUCUACAUAAAACCAUACAUAAUAUUUCCCAGUUUGUUUUACUGUAUUAUCUGUGUUUUUGCAGGUACAUUGAUUGGUUGAUUAAUUUCAUGCUACACAAAGACAAAUAACAUACAGUUUGCUGAAAUAAUACAAUCUGUUAGUAAUUGGAUUUGUUGCACCCGUAACUGAGAUGGCUGUUCCAGUUUAGAUGAUUGAGAUAGUCUCCGUAUUCAAUCUUCCAUAACCUGACAGUCAUUCUGAAUGCAGGUUGUGGGUGAUUUAACAAUUCCACUUGUUGGAUAUACUAAGUGGCUUGAUUCCAAUAGGAAUUACACAUCACUUUGCAAGCCAGCAUAAUGUGACUUGCAGGCCUGAUGUGGCCUGAUUUUAAAGGCUAAUAAGGUUGGUGGAAUUGUUUAUAGAGGGUUCUAGGUAGAACCCUGCACGGGUUUCUUUGAAGAACUCUAUAUGUUUCUACUUAGCACCUUUUUUUCUGAGUGUAUGUGUACAUGUGUGAAAGUGUGUGUUUGUGUGUCUUUGUGUGAGAGUGUCAGUGUGAGUGUGUGGAUCAAGUCCUGUGAGAGUGCAAAAUAGUGCAGUGCAGAUAGUCCGGGUAACCAUUGGAUAGCUAUUCAACUGUCUUAUUCUUGGGGAUACAGUGCCUUCGGAAAGUAUUCAGCCCCUUUGACUUUUUCCACGUUUUAUUACGUUACAACCUUUACAACCCUCUCUCGGAGCUCCAAGGACAAUUCCUUUGACCUCGUGGCUUUGUUUUUGCUCUGACAUGCACUGUCAACUGUGGGACAUUAUAUAGACAGGUGUGUGCCUUUCCAAAUCAUGUCCAGUCAAUUGAAUUUACCACAGAUGGACAACAAUCAAGUUGUAGAAACAUCUCAAGGAUGAUCAAUGGAAACAGGAUGCACCUGAGUUCAAUUUCAGUCUCAUAGCAAAGGGGCUGAAUACUUACGUAAAUAAGGUAUUUCUGUUUUUUAUUUGUAAUAAAUUAGCAAAAAUGUCUAAAAA